UAGCAUGUGAUUAAGUGCCAGCAGAAGCUGCAGAGUGAAGCAGGUGCCGAACAUGGCGAGUCAGCCUGGAUUCGUUCUCCGCCUCCUCCUCCUGAUCAGCGGCUUCCGAGCAGGACUGCUCCAGCAAGGGAGAAGUUCCAAUCUCCACGGGUCCUCAGAAUACUUUGCCUUUUCUGACUCGUUCUAUGAGCAGCUUCAAAGCUCUGAGAGCCAGAAUUUGGUGACUGAGAAUGUGACAGUCGUUGAAGGCGAAGUUGCAAUCAUCAGUUGCCGAGUGAAGAAUAAUGACGAUUCCGUAUUACAGCUACUCAAUCCCAACCGACAAACGAUCUACUUCCGAGAUAUUAGACCUCUGAAAGAUGCUCGCUUCCAGUUGGUGAACUUUACUAGUAAUGAACUGCGAGUUUCCCUCUCUAAUGUUUCCAUUGACGAUGAGGGAAGGUAUUUGUGCCAACUCUACACUGAUCCUCCUCAGGAAGCAUACACUACAAUCACCGUGCUCGUUCCACCACACAACCUGGUUAUUGAUGUGCAGAAGGACACGUAUCUGGAGGGAGAGGAGGUGGAGAUGAACUGUACGGCGAUGGCUAGCAAGCCAGCUGCAAAAAUACGCUGGAUGAAGGGAAACCAAGAGCUGCAAGCCACCAAAGAAGAAGUCGAAGCUAUAGAAGACAAGUUGUUCCGCGUACGCAGUCAGAUCUUCCUUACUGCAGGGCGAGAAGAUAAUGGUAUUCCCAUAGUAUGUCUUGUGGAUCACCCUGCCGUUAAGGACCUGCAGACCCAGCAGUACCUGGAGGUGAAUUAUAAACCAGUAUUGAUGCUGACGGCAAAGAACGCACACAGUUUAACGAGAGAAGGGGAGGCGCUGGAGCUUAAUUGCAUAGCAGAUGGUAAACCCAGACCGGAGAAGGUUUUGUGGCAACGAUUGGAUGAGGAAAUUCCUGAACACGUUAUCAUAUUUGGUGGAUCUCUCGUCUUCAGCACCCUUAACAAGACUGACAACGGCACCUAUCGAUGUGAGGCUUCCAAUGCCGUGGGCAGUACAACAGCUGAUUACACACUUUUUGUGCACGAUUCCCCCACCACCCUCCCACCACCCACAACAACCACCACCACUACCACAACCACCAAACCCCUCAUCAUCCCAGACGCAAGUGCAACGACAGAGCCUGCGGUUCACGAUACUCGGGCAGGAGAAGAAACCCCACUUGUGGUAGAUCAUGCAGUCAUCGGAGGCGUUGUGGCUGUAGUAGUCUUUGCCAUGCUUUGUCUUCUCAUCAUCCUUGGUCGCUAUUUUGCUCGACAUAAAGGAACAUAUUUCACACACGAAGCCAAAGGAGCGGACGAUGCAGCAGACGCGGACACGGCAAUCAUCAACGCAGAGGGUGGGCAGAACAGCUGUGAAGAGAAGAAAGAAUAUUUUAUCUAGCCUGGCCUUUAAUUGGGUGUGAGCUCAGCUCAAAUUCACUACCCAAAUGGAGAAGGACCUUCCAGCGUCUCGCGUUUUUUUAUCAUUUGGUUUAGGAGCGGAUGGAGGAGCGGGGGACCCAUUUGGUAUAAAGUGAUUGCCCCACAACACUCUCUGCUUUUUAUUGUUUGCCACUUUCCUUUCACGGAAAUAACAGGAGCUUGAAAAUGUUUGUCUUUUUUUUGUGAAUGGGGGGGGGUGGGGGUGCAAGUGAACAAUGGAUUCCAGGCUCCUCAGUGCAGGGGGACACUGUGUGCAGAGCAUUUUGUACCUGUGCGUAAGGAAAUGUGCUGCAGGCCCCUCCUCCUCCACUGAUGUAUAUAUUUAUCAUCUGCAGACAAUUUGGUGCCUUGCUUGUUUUUUUUAUUUCACUUUCCCGAGAAGUUGUUUUCCCGGCUGGUUUUUGUGUCAUUUCCUCCUGGGGACACUCUUGUCUUUCAUUAUUCCAUUCUGAAGCAAUCAUACAGUUUGCUUUUUCAUUUUAAUUCCUGCUAUGGCUGCUGUAUCGCUUGUUAUUUUAUUGUUUUUUUUUUGCUCAUUGCCAUGUCUUCCGUGCCUGUGCCCCAUAACUUCCUGUUGUGGAAACUGCCCGUUACGUUAAUCCCGUGUCACUUCCUGCUUACUCCAUUUUAUAAAAAAAAGUAAAAAAAAAAAAAAAAUUGGGAAAAUUCUCCUCUUGCUGAGGUUUAAACCUUUGAGUUUUAAUAAUAUACAAUUCACUGUUGGAACUUCUCAUAAUUCUGCAAUUAGACAUAUACAGCUGUGAAACAAAUUUUAGUUAAAAAGAAUAGUUUCACACGUAAAGAAAUUCAUAAAAUGCCAUAAAUAUUUAUAAGGCUGGUUCCAUUAGCAGUAACACCCCACCAUGGCACUGAAAUAUGAGUGUAUAGAGAUGCAACACUACAGAUCCCAUAAUUAUAAAAACAGAAUGUAGACAGAGAUAAAUUGAACACCACACGCUGCUCUAAUCUAAAGAACAAUCAGAUGCAACGUGUCUCAGUCCUAUAAAAAAAAAAAACACGUAGAUUCUUCCUGCAAUAUCUGAAAUAAACACUUUUGUACAGUAUUAAGCCAUACAAAUCUCAAUUUAGAUCUGGUUGCGUUAACAAAAUACAAUUUUGGGGGCUAGCAAGUUCACUUUGAACAAGAGUUGGCAGAAAUGAUCUUAAACAAGAAGACGACCAGGAAAAUUUGCAGAAUAAUCUCGUAUUUAUUUUAAAUAAGUGCCUUGGACCCCUUUUAAUGAGGAUUGCAGACUUCUUUUUUUAAGUGCAAAUUGGAGAGCCUUCUAGUGUAAGGUAUAAUCCAGUUUUCCUGCAUUGAAUAGGCAUUAAUUACAAAAUCACAGGUUCUCAAUACACUUGAAACACAAAGCUUCUUAAACUCCUCGCCCACCUGAUGAUUUGUGUGUGUGUAUAUAUAUAUUAAAAUAAUUCUGUUGGCUUCUUGUGCCCACAAUGGACAAAUGUCCAGCAAUUACAAAGCACACUUGAGUCUUGCAACAUUUCAUGGGGUGUAGAGAGCCAUUGUUUAAUCUUGGUAAACGUUUUUGGUCUCACUCUGCAAUGGCGAUUUAUUGAGGACCCAAUCACCAUUUUGAUUGUGACAAGACCUAAGUAUACUUUGUUCCAUCGGAUCCUUUUGUAUUGGCUUCUUAUGGACGCCACCCUGACAAGUGCAAGUAUUUGGGGAUUUAUUUAUUUUUUUAGCUAAAUAUAUGCUCAAAAACAGCAAAUAUGUGUAGAAUAACCCUGGCACCAAUCAUUUUGUAAUACGCUGGGGAAUCUGCUUUGGCAUCUAUGCUGUUUUAAAGGUAUCCAUUCUGCCAUUAUAUUGUUUUUGUGCAUGGCCAUUGGCACAGUGAAAAUAAAAAGUCUAGCCGUCUAAUCUGGAUUAUAACCCACUAUUAAGUCUUCAAUCUUCAACUGAUAUGUGCUGCAUUUAAAUGACCAAAACAAUUUAUGAUAGUCAGGGUCAAAGCACAUAAUAUCACGAUAAAGUGUCCAAGUGUUCUCAGUCUCUUUCCGUUAGAUUAUCAAGCUGUAACCUGUGUUCUAUGUAGAGUACUUAGACCGCUUAUGUUCCUGACAGAGUGAUGCUGUCUGAACCAUGUGUCUCAGACGUUCAAUGUUUUUAAUAUUGUAUGAAUAAGGUUCCUAAUUUGAUAGUAAACUUUCUCAGACAGCUAAGCCUUUUGCCCUAGUUUUACGGUUGCCCAUGAACACUACUCAUCAUUUUAUGUACCUGUCAAAUAUUGCUUUUACUCAUCUUGUGUACCUCCCUGCUUGAAAAUACAUCCUUCCGAUCCGCCAACAUCGCUCUACAUAUUCAUCUCAUAUAAGCGUUAGAUGGGGUUACCUUUGUAUCUCUGUCUUGUCUCACACACACUACUUUAUCCACUUGUCUGUCUGCCUCAAUAUAUUUUUUUUUUGUUCAUUAUGGUUUGUCUAUAUUGUGGGUCCCCUUUUGAAUGCCAGGCCUGUGUUACAGAGGAUUUUCGCUCUGUUCUUCUCCGGGAAGUGAAUAAUCUGUCACUUUGUUAGUUGUGUUGAGAUUGGGUAAUAGAGACUUUGGGGGACUGGUUCCGUUUCAAACGUGAGGAAGCUUCAACAUCUCCCACCACCACCACCACCACCACCACGUUGGACAGUCGGUGGGAAUACAAGCGGACGUGCCUUUUUAUUCACAAGUGAACAAGCUGGAAGAAGAAGAGGGGGAAUACGAGAAACAUGCCUUCUGCUUUAGUUAUGGCAAUGCUGUUAAUUUUCAAAGAUAGGUUUGUUUUCUCUCCAAUUCUACUUUUUAUUUAUUUAUUUUUAUUUUAUAGCUCAUCAAUGCUAUUUUCUUAUCUCUGAUGCUCCCCAUGGUGAUUUCAUUAUUUUUUAUUUUAUUGCCCGAUUCUCCCUUCCUCCCUCUCCUUCUCAGCGAUGUACCUUGAUGACAUCUUUUCAACAGAAAAAGCAUUAUGCCAAGAUAGGUGGAUACCUGUUCUCCUGUGCCAGGUUUCACGAUCUGGGCAUUUGACGUUCAGUUCCACUUAAUGCUAAUGCAUUCAUUUAAAAGAGCCCCUACUAAAAACGCAGUCUGUAUUAUAUAUUCUGUAAUAUUAUCGUGUUGUCUGGAGGGUUCAGUCUAAACUUGUUUUAUUGUUAAACAAUGAGAUAAUGUCAUUGCUGCUAUAGAAGGUGUUAGCAGGGUAAUUGUUGCUUUGUCACUCCCAAUGUAUAUCGCUGAGUAGAACAGCAUCUGUCUUACAGAUCUUUAAUGUAGGGGUUAUUUAAAGAUGGCCACCAAACUGAUUCAAUGUUUUUCCUUUGUGUACAUGUAAAUGAAAAAAGCAGGGAAAAUCUAACGAAUGAAUAUUCCCGGUUGUAGGUACAGUAGCAUUUCGCAGGCAGAGUUCUCUUGUGCCCCUGCUGUACAUGUGAGUGUAGGUUUGUGCACUCACAGGAGCCAUCAUCGCAAUGUCCAAUCUGUUUUGUUUUUUUUUCCCCAUCCACCAGGCUCCCAUGUUAUAAAAUGCAUGUAAAGACUGGCAGGUAGGAUAAUGAUGAUAAGAAAUAGUCUACUUCAUGUGAGCCGCUUUAUUGAAAUCUCUCCUCAACAAAUUUUCAAAGGUUCCCAGAGCAAAUAUAAAAUAGCGUCCCAGGUAUGGGAGCUCACAUAAUAAUUCAGAUUCCGAUAUAAAUUUCAGAGCUUAUAUAGAUAUAUAUUUAUAUAGAUAAUUGACCACACAACAGUUGCUACCUUUUUAUCUUUUGGCUUCAUUAGAUUAUUUCCAUAUAUUUAAAUUUUUGCUUUACAAGGGAAUAAAAUGUAAAUUUUUAGUUAUCCGUUUCUUUACCACAAUCUUGUUAGUUUUUGCGUUCGUUGGCAAGCUCACUAGUAAAAGUAUAUAUAUAUAUUAUUUUUUUUACCAAAACAUCAUAAAUAUUUAAGCCCUUGUUGAGCUAUUUUUAAAACAAAUUCUGUGCAUUUUUUUUCUGCAUUUGUACAUAAAAUUAUUUUUUAUUUUUAUUUCUAGUUUCUUCCCCAAACAAUUAAUUUUUUUAAAAAAAGGCUAUGAGGAGGAGAGAGCAGUCCGAGGUCAGUUCAGCAGGAACACGAAAUUUUUACGGAUAUUCUAGACCUUGCAUUAUCUUUGCCAACCUUAAUGUUUUUUACAUUAAUAUUGAUGCUUAAUUUCAACUCAGAAUGGAGGAAUUAGCUGUUUAGACCAUAUCUGAUUUGCUGAAAUAAAUCACUGUUUGUCGUCUUCAAUUUGCUAUAUUGUUGAAAGUAUCUGUUUUGGGGGAAAUAUUGAUUACUUAUGACUUAUUAUGUUGCCAUCCUGUAUAAUCAUUCAAUUACAAAGUCUAUUCAACAAUGGACUUUUGUUGUACAUCCACUAUAUUAAUAGUAUUAUGACCACAGGAGAAACGGUUUCCCCUUUAUUUUUCAUUUUAUGUUCAUUUCAGUUUUUUUAAUUCCUUAAAGGUACUAAGAAUGUUUUCUAUUAUUAUUGUUCUAUGUGGAGUGUACUGUUCGAAAUUCCUCUGAUUCUGUCUUUGUUGCCCAUCGUUCUUUUUGUCCUCUUCAUUUUUACCUCUCCCAUGUUUGGAUAUUCUUUUGACUGAAGGAUGCUGCUUUUUUAUUGUUACAAAAAAAAAAAAAAAUUAAAUUAAAUUUGUUCAUUUUCCAAAUUGUCUCUUUUACCAAUUUUCUAACAAGCAUGCUGUCUUCGGUAUUUCUAGAAUUCUUCUCUAGGAUAUGAUAUUUGAGAUGGGAUUGAGGGGAAGGUGAAGACAUUAUUAUACAAGCCAGUUCUAGGGCAGAUCGUAUGUCUUUAUAAAAUGAGGUAUAUUUAAUUAUGAAUUUUUUUUUGUUAUUGUAUAAAUGCUUGUGGUUUUUCACCCUUUGGUGGCUCCUGGAGUUUGCUUUGUUCAUUGUGUAUUCCCGUUCUCGCUUCUGCUUGUCUCAGAUCCCUGUGUUCCCACCCGUGUCUGUUCUGUCUCAGGUAGGCUGCUAAUCCUUAGCCCCCCACAUUGGAAACUGAAACAAAACCAACCACAUUAUGGAUAGAUAAAUAUUCAUUCUUUUUUUUAUUUUUUUUAUUUUAUUUUGUUUAUAUUUUUUGCUUUUUAGUUGUAUUAUUUCUGUAUUUUUUUUAAUAUACGGUACACUGUUUGAAAUGUAUUGUUGAGUAUUACUUUGUAAGAAAAUGACAAUAAAACAUAAAAUUAU